AUGAUGAGCUCGAGUUUCCGGUGGGGCGAUGUGGAGGACGAAGAGGUCGAUGUGUUGCCACCAAGAAAGGUCGUCGGGCCAGACGAGAAGGGGAUCAAGAUCAUCACCUCGUGGCGCAGGGAUGAAGACACUGGCAAGCUGAUCAAGGUAAUCGAGACAGUGAGAGUGACGAAGAAGACGAAGAAGAUGAGCCCCGCGGUUCUUCACCGCAAGCAGCUCAAGAGAUUCGGCGACGUCGCAAACGCAACCGAGGGCGUGACGCUCGUCUCCGUGGACGAGAUCCGGCUCGAGAAGCCCGGCUCGAGGAACACCCGCAGCGAUAACGUCGAUCUGGGGCUGCCCAGCUCCGGUAACACGUCCUUGAUCGUUUGCCGGGCCUGUGGGAAAAAGGGCGAUCACUGGACGUCGAGGUGCCCUUUCAAGGAUUUGCUGCUCAAGGACGAUGAUGCGGUGAUCAAGCCCGCCGAAGAUCACGGUGAUCGUGGCGACGUGACUCCGAAGCAAAGCACUGGGAAGUACGUUGCUCCCAACCGGCGUCCCGGAGGAGGAGCGGGAUCGAAAGAGACGACGCGCUAUAGAGACGAUGGCAAUUCGCUAAGAGUGACCAACUUGUCCGAGGACACGAGGGAGGCCGACUUGCAGGAGCUGUUUGGGCGAUUUGGGAGUAUCUCGCGGAUCUUUGUGGCGUCGGAUAGGGGGACGGGCCUGGGGCGUGGCUUUGCUUUCAUAACUUUUGUGAGGAGGGAGGAUGCCGAGCGCGCCAUGAAGAAGCUCGAUGGCUAUGGCUACGAUAGUCUUAUACUCCAUGUCGAGUGGGCGGCUCCCCGGGAGAGGCUAGUCAAGGAAAGGAAUGACCAUUGGUGA